AUGGGAUCGGACCAUUCCGGGAACCACGGAAAGGAGGUAGAGCGGAGGACCGGAGGGCGAGCACAAGGUGUUCGUGGAAAUGCCACACAGCCUUGGUUCAGAAAGGACGGUUCACGCAGCAAGGAUCAAAGGCUAAAAACCGUCCAACAUGCAGCUCAGACUGUUCGCCAUAACAAGAAGACCUGCCAGCAGCUAGUCCACCAUGUGCAGAUAAUCAGUGACCUCCUGAAAAAGCUGCAGACUCCAGAGAUGAUGGAACAUCCAGAGACUAGGAACGGUCUUAACAAUCUUGAAGAGAUUCUUCGUGAGGCUUACAUGCUUGUCACAUCCUGCCAAAACAACAACUAUGUAUACCACCUCUUCACAGGGAAGAAGCAGGCAGAUCAGUUCCAUAUUCUGCAGAAUAGGAUGAACUCGUGUCUCCAAGUUUUCCCACUCAUCAGCCACAUCGACACCACAGACCGCUUGGACAAAAUUCUUGAAAUCAUACGGCCUCCAUUCUCACAGGUUGUAAGAGAUGUGCCAAGACUGCUUGCAGGUUGCUCGUCUUGUGACACCAGGUUAGAAUGUGCAAUUAUUUAA